AUGAAUUCUGAUUCGAGCUCUGUCUCCAGCAGAGCUUCAUCGCCGGACAUGGAUGAGAUGUAUCUGAGGGAACACCACCACCGCCACCACCACCACCAGGAGAGCCGUCUCAACUCGGUCUCCUCCACGCAGGGCGACAUGGUGCCGAAGAUGCCCGGGGAAAGCCUCUCACGGGCCGGCGCCAAGGCCACGGGCGAGAGCAGCAAGUACAAAAUCAAGAAGCAGCUGUCGGAGCAGGACCUGCAGCAGUUACGGCUGAAGAUCAACGGCCGCGAGCGCAAGCGGAUGCACGACCUAAACCUAGCCAUGGACGGGCUGCGCGAGGUCAUGCCCUAUGCGCACGGGCCGUCGGUGCGCAAGCUCUCCAAGAUCGCCACUCUCCUGCUGGCCAGAAACUACAUCCUCAUGCUCACCAGCUCCCUGGAGGAGAUGAAGAGGUUGGUUGGCGAGAUCUACGGGGGCCACCACUCUGCCUUCCACUGCGGGACCGUGGGCCACUCCGCCGGCCACCCAGCACACGCCGCCAACGCCGUGCACCCGGUGCACCCCAUCCUGG